ACCUAAUCGGGAUCCAGCCAAAAGUCUGGAACUCAAGGAAACUCAUCGGGGCUCAGGAAGCUGUUUCACUUCUUUGCAGGUCCCCGCGCGCGACGGUUGAAAACUGAUCCUGGGUGAAGAGCUGCGCCAGGUAAACCCAGAGAAGGGUCAGGGGAUUUUUUUUUCAACGCGAAGAUCCCAAGAAGGGCUCUAUGGCGGUGGUCUUCCUUACCAACGGCACCGACCGCGCCGACAGCACCCUCCCCCUCCCCUUCCCCCUCACCAACAGUCGCGCCGACAACCACAUCGACACCGACAUCGAGGUGCUAGGCAUCGUUUUCGACCUUACUGGAUCCCGCAACCCCCGCAGCGGCCCGCGCACCGAACGGAGGGCAGGGGAGCUCCAGGAACGACUCCGACGCAUCGCCAGGAUCGCCAAAGCUGCCGGGCUCGGGGCCCGGAGGCGCAUGGCCAUGGUGAGAGCAACCAUGUCCUUGUGGCGCUGGGACGUUCCGUGGGUCAUGGCCGACGACACGGACCCGCACAGCACGCGCUACGACAUAGAAAAGACCAUCACCGGGAGACAAAGACAUUGGGCAUGGAGGCACGGCGGUGCUUUCUGGCUCACCACGGACAAAGGAUGGCUCGUGGAGCCCUUCGCGGUGCAGUUCUCGGUUCUCAUCCGGUGUCUCGUGGAGGCGGCGUGUAGCGAGGACACCGCGCGCACCAUGCAGCGAGCCUGGACCCACCUGCACGAGCAGGAGCAGCACGGAGGUUGUGCGGACGGAUCGUGGAGCUAUCGCCUGGCUGCCCGGAUCUGGCAAGUCGUCCCCCGUUUCUGGCAGCCCAUCGACCAUCAAAUUUUCGAUGUUCGACUCCUUCGCCAAGAACACCUGGACCACCACGUGCGCCAGGCAUAGCGGGCAUGGAUUUGGACACAUUACCACCGACGGACGCUCCGCAAGGAGGCCGCCGGCCGCGUACCAGCGCCUUGCCACACGACCCUUUGCGAGUGGCUGGACGAGCACGCCGGGGCCGACCACGACCAGUUCGCUUUGGCACAGAGGUGCGUGAUGGCAGCCGAGCCCAACGCAGUGCGCCUUUCGCAUCUGCAUCCAGAUUGCUUCUCGCGCACCUGCCCCACCUGCCAGGUGGACAACAACACCCACCACAUGAUGCACGAAUGUCCGACCACGGAGCCGCUUCGUCGAGCGCACGGGCUCCAUUUACCUCUACCACUCCCGGCCGACCUCUCUCAGGCCGAACGGAGCGCUUUCAUGCUGCAUGGUUGGCACGACCACCACCGCCCUCAACUCUGCACUUUGGCGUACCGGGUGCUCAACUACAAACUGGCGGUCUUCCGGCCGUGGCACGCCGCGUGGCUUGCAGCCGCCGGUUCCGGCCGACAGCAGCAACAAUAAUUUGAUUGCAUCUUGUGCAUCAGCGACAACAAGUGAUUGCAUGUUCUGCAUCCUCUCAACAAGUAUGCGCUUGUCGGCGCCUUCUUUCAACUAUCGUGUUUUCCUUCUUUAUUGCUUCGAGGACAUCAGACAUCCUGUUGCAGUCAGAGCCGGCAGGGGACCGAUUUUGAAUGGAUGUUGCACAUCCCCUCUCUUGGCCGAGUUCCUGCAGCAGGACAUUUUGUUUCACGAAUCUGGCGGUAACUCGGGUUAUCGGGCCCGCCCUUUCACCCCAAAAAAUAGACAGACUGACCUUCUCGGUUGCGCAGGUCAGAAUGGCGUACGCAGUAUUGGUGCGCGCGGUUAUACGUGUGGCUGCCCAAAGCGAA